AUGACUGUUGCACCAACCACCACAACAGUUGCACCAACAACCACGACAGAUUCACCAACAUCCACUAAAGCUGCUGAACCAUCAUCCACUACAGCUGCACCAACAACCACAACACAAGCACCAACAACCAUGACUGUUGCACCAAUAACCACCACAGUUGCACCAACAACCACGACAGCUAAACCAACAUCCACUACAGCUGCACCAUCAUCCACUACAGCUGCACCAACAUCCACUACAGCUACACCAACAUCCACUACAGCUGCACCAACUACCACGACAUCUGCACCAACUACAACGACAUCUGCACCAACAACCACAACAGCUUCACCAACUACCACAGCAGUUGCACCAACAACCACGACAGGUGCACCAACAACCACGACAGCUACACCAACAGUCACUACAGCUGCACCAACAUCCACUACAGCUGCACCAACAUCUACUAAAGCUGAACCAGCAUUUACGACUGCUGCACCAACAACCACAACACAAGCACCAACAACCACGACAGCUGCACCAACAGCCCCGACAGCUGCACCAACAACCACGACAGCUGCACCAACAACCACGACAGCUGCACCAACAACCAAUACACCUGCACAAACAUCCACUACAGCUACACCAACAUCCACUACAGCUGCACCAACUACCACGACAUCUGCACCAACUACAACGACAUCUGCACCAACAACCACGACAGCUUCACCAACUACCACAGCAGUUGCACCAACAGCCACAACACAAGCACCAACAACCACGACAGCUGCACCAACAACCACGACAGCUACACCAACAUCCACUACAGCUGCACCAACAUCCACUACAGCUGCACCAACAUCUACUAAAGCUGAACCAGCAUUUACGACAGCUGCACCAACAACCACAACACAAGCACCAACAACCACGACAGCUGCACCAACAGCCACGACAGCUCACCAACAAUCACAACACAAGCAACAACAACCACAACACAAGCACAAACAACCACAACAGCUGCACCAACAUCCAUUACACCUGCUCCAUCAACCACAACAGCUGCACCAAAAACCACUAAAGCUGCACCACUGCACCAACAACCACGACAGCUGCACCAACAACCACGAAAGCUGCACCAACAACCACAUCUACUACAACAUCAUCUACUCCAGCGUCACCAACACCUACUACAGCUUCAAAAACAACCACAACAGCUUCACCAACUACCACAGCAGUUGCACCAACAACCACGACAGCUGCACCAACAACCACGACAGCUACACCAACAUCCACUACAGCUGCACCAACAUCCACUACAGCUGCACCAACAUCUACUAA